AUGGUUGAAUUAGUAUUAAUCAAACAUCGUCAUCUCAGACGACAAUACAUCAUUUUGUUUGCGCAGAUUUUUGCCGACACAACGUUGGGAUUUGGAUUUUGCCUAGCCGGGAUCGGUCGUCUAAUUGUAUUAGGACUUGGAUGCUUUCGGAUAACCAGACGAUCUUGCUUGUUGUUACCAUGGUCAACAGUGAUUACCUGGUCAGAGUUAAUGUCAGCAAUAUCGACACUUAUGGUAAGUACAGACCGCAUCAUUUCACUUUUAUUUCCUAUGCGAUAUUUCGAGAAGAACUAUUCAUAUCAAAUCAAGCAGAUCACUUUUUAUUUCGGUUCAGUGUCACUAUUCAUCUUCGUUUGCUGGUUUUUUUCCUUCAAAGAUACGGAAUCUAUGUUGCAUGGUUUUUGUUGGUCAGGUGAUGUUCUGCAGCCGUUUUUCGCGGAUUUGCAUGCUUUGGUGAUGAUCAUUUCCACAUCCUUAAGUGUUAUUCUCUACAUUGCUGUGUAUUUGUUGAGCAGAAAACAUCUUCGCCGGAUAAAAAGUAAUCAAUCGGAGACAUCGCUACGGUUAUUUGAAGCACGCCAGUGUAAGCUUACCAUUACAAUGGGUGUUUCCUGUGUGUUCACUUUGUUUUUUUACGUGAUACCAUUAUGCAUUAAGUUGUUGAUAGGCGAUAAUGAUGACGAUCCAACAACCUACUAUUCCGAAUUGAUCCGUGUAGCAGUAGCAAUUAGUUGUAAUCUAAAUCCAUUAACAAAUAUAGCUGCAAUCCUCAUAAAACAGGACGAUAUUGCGUGCCACGUGAGGCAAUUAUUUCCGGAAUGCAUUCAGAAAAGCAUUUAUAAGUGUGACCAAAUAACACUUGUUUGUGGCAAAAGUGUAACUCUGGCUGUUAGUUCAAGAACGAACUGA